AUGAAGUUUAGACUUGGUAACCCGGCCGCUAUGGCCGAGACACCUAGCGAGGUGCUUAACUGGCGUCUGUACUGGAGCACCUUUGUCUUUGGUAUCCUCGGUGCUAGCCGUGGACUAGAUGAAGGUCUGGUCGGUGGUAUGGUGUCUCUCAAAAGCUUCAAGGAGGAAUUCAAUCUCGACGCUGGUUCUGAACAUCACCAAGCCCAAGUGGAGUCCAAUAUUACCAGCAUGGUCCAAAUCGGUUCCAUCGCCGGUUCGCUACUAGCAUUUUUCAUCUGCGACAAGAUCGGCCGUGUACGAUCACUCCAAGUCCUUUGCCUGCUGUGGCUGGUCGGAUUCAUCAUCGUCGUGACGAGUCAUGGAAGCGUUGGUCAGAUUCUAGCUGGACGCUUCAUUGCUGGACUUGGUAUCGGUAUGACUGUCGUUGUCGGCCCGACAUACCUUGCCGAAACAGCCCCAAGAGCUAUUCGUGGUAUGCUCACCAACAUAUUUGCUGGUUCAGUCUAUCUUGGUGUUAUGAUUGCUUAUUUCAGCAAUUGGGGAGCCUCUAUCAAUAUUUCCAAUAAGUCUCGAUGGCAAUGGGUUGACCCCCAGAUGUGCCACAUUGGAUUUUCUAGCUUGCUUCUGAUCUUAUCAUUCAUGGUUCCCGAGACCCCACGAUGGCUCACCAUGAAGGGACGUAAUGAAGAGAGCACCAAGGCUCUUUGUAAGCUUAGACAACUCCCCGAAACACAUCCAUUCGUCCAAGCAGAGUUGUAUGGUAUCCAAGAACAGCUCGAACGUGAGCAGGAGGCUUUCCUUGGAGUAUCAAAAUGGGGCAAGCUACGUGAGCUGUUCGCCAUCCCGGCUAACCGAUAUCGUCUUAUGCUGGGUUUCAUGGCUCAAUUACUCGGUCAGUGGUCUGGCGCCAGUGCAAUCACUAUUUAUGCUGUCGAGUUCUUUGGUAUCCUCGGAAAGUCUGGUCAAUCUGAGAAGCUCUUUGCCACUUGUAUCCUCGGUGUGGUUAAGCUCAGUUCCGCUUACCUUUGUGCUUUCUUCUUGGUCGACUUCAUCGGGCGACGACGCUCCUUGUAUGGUGGUAUCACCAUUCAGAUGUUUUCUAUUCUUUACAUCGCCAUCUUCCUUAGCAUUGUCGGCACAGAAGCUCUCGAGAACGGAACCUUGACCCCAUCUCAGAAGCAUGCCGGUGUGGGUGCUGUCGUGAUGCUCUACCUCUCUGGCGUAGGAUGGACAAUGGGUUGGAACUCGUUUCAAUACCUUGUUAACGCCGAGAUUUGGCCUCUUCGUCUACGAGCCUUGGGAAGCUCCAUGACGAUGUGUCUACACUUCGCCAAUCAAUACGGUAACACAAAGGCUGUUCCGCUUAUGCUCCUUUCCAUGACAAGCGCUGGCUUCUUCUUCUUCUGCGCAGCUGUUUGUCUACUUGGUCUUAUCUGGGUUUGGGCAUUUGUUCCUGAAUUGGCUGGCCGAUCGCUCGAGAGCACUGACGAGUUGUUCUCACUACCUUGGUACAAGAUUGGUCGUCAUGGAACUAGGCUUGCGCCUGACAAUGAAGCCAUCAUGGCGAGGGAUGAGAAGGCUGAGGUGAAGGGCGAAACUGCUGAAUUAGAGUAUGGACGCAGAGACUAG